AUGGCUGAAUUCGUGAGAGCGCAGAUUUUCGSCACCACGUUCGAGAUCACCAGCAGGCAAGUGGAUAAAAACGCAACCUCGCCAUACUCGGACUUGCAGCCUGUGGGCAUGGGGGCUUUUGGGCUCGUAUGCUCCGCCAAGGACCAGCUCACUGGCCAGGCCGUGGCUGUCAAGAAGAUCAUGAAGCCCUUCAGCACGCCAGUUCUCUCCAAGCGGACAUACCGUGAGCUUAAGUUGCUCAAGCACCUCAAACACGAAAACGUGAUCAGUCUCAGCGACAUCUUCAUCUCGCCGCUGGAGGAUAUCUAUUUCGUGACUGAGCUGCUUGGUACGGAUCUUCACCGUCUUCUGACCUCCCGACCACUUGAGAAGCAGUUCAUCCAGUACUUCCUCUACCAGAUCUUGCGCGGCUUGAAAUACGUCCACUCUGCCGGUGUCGUGCACCGUGAUUUGAAGCCCUCGAACAUCCUUGUCAACGAGAACUGUGACCUUAAGAUUUGCGACUUUGGUCUUGCGCGUAUUCAGGACCCUCAGAUGACCGGCUAUGUCUCCACACGUUACUACAGAGCGCCUGAGAUCAUGUUGACCUGGCAAAAGUAUGACGUCGAGGUCGACAUUUGGAGUGCUGGAUGCAUCUUUGCGGAAAUGCUCGAGGGCAAGCCACUUUUCCCAGGCAAGGAUCACGUCAAUCAGUUCUCCAUCAUCACCGAGCUGUUGGGCACGCCACCAGAUGAUGUUAUUUCGACCAUCUGCAGCGAGAACACCCUCAGAUUCGUGCAGUCGCUGCCGAAACGCGAACGUCAACCGCUAAAGAACAAGUUCAAGCACGCCGAUCCUCAAGCUAUUGAACUCCUCGAGCGUAUGCUUGUCUUUGACCCACGGAAACGCGUCAAGGCGGGCGAGGCGCUGGCGGAUCCAUAUCUGUCGCCCUACCACGACCCGACCGACGAACCUGAAGCAGAGGAGAAGUUUGACUGGUCCUUCAACGAUGCCGACCUGCCUGUCGACACAUGGAAGAUCAUGAUGUACUCUGAAAUCCUCGACUACCACAACGUGGACUCGGCCAACAAUGGCGAGGAUCAAAACAGCGGCGCGUUGGCAGCAUGA